AUGGUGAAACGCAACAUUGCCAUCGCAAUCAUCCUCAUCGUCCUCUUCAUCCUAAUCUCAUUCGGGGUCCUCAUCGCCUACGCCAUGAAGCACCAACUCGGUCCAUUCGGUGGCAAGCGAAUCUCCGACGAGGAGAGUGAAGGCGGAUAG